UGGGACAGCAGCUAGCCUGCCAGCUGCGAGGGUCAGCUCAAAAGUAGAAAAAGGGACAAAGAAGUCAUGCCAAACACCUCAAAGUCUCGCUCAGGUUGAACAUUUUCAAACUUGGGAGAGGAGUCAGCUUCGUCUGAGAAGCUGCAUCAUGUUGCACCCAGCAGUGACACCGGGCCUCCUCUGCACCAUGUUGUGCACGUGGCUCCUGUGCGGCGCCCAAACGGAGUCCGGCACCGCGUCCAUACAGCUACGCCUGGUCGGGGUGAAGCAUAAAAAACACGAGGGGCGAGUGGAGGUUCUCUACAAAGGCCAGUGGGGCACCGUCUGUGACGACGACUUCUCCAUCUACGCUGCCCAGGUGGUGUGCCGGGAGCUGGGCUUCGUGGAUGCCGUGUCGUGGUCGCCCUCCUCCAAGUACGGCAGAGGAGAAGGUCCUAUUUGGCUGGACAAUUUGGACUGCAGUGGCAGAGAGAAGAGCCUUGCCCAGUGUAGGUCCAACGGCUUUGGAGUGACAGACUGCAAACAUUCAGAAGAUGUCGGGGUGGCGUGCAACCAGCAGCGCAUUCCGGGCUUCAAGUUCAUCCGGAACCAGGCCAACAGUGAGGAGGGUGUGCCGGUGCUUGUGGAGGAUGUGCGGAUCAGGGCCACUUACUCGCACAGGAAAAGGAUUCCUAUCACGGAGGGCUUUUUGGAAGUGAAAGACGCAGGCAAGUGGAGGCAGAUCUGCAAUGAGGACUGGACAGAAAUGAACAGCAGGGUCAUCUGUGGCAUGUACGGCUUCCCUUGGGAGAAGCGCUUCAAUAAUAAGCCCUACAAAGUACUGGCCAAGCGCCGAAAGAAGAACUUCUGGGGUUUCUCCGUCAACUGCACGGGUAACGAGGCCGACCUGUCUGACUGCAAACUGGGUAGGGAGAUCGAGCUGAAGGGCAACAGCACCUGUGCGAAGGGCAUGCCUGUAGUGCUCAGCUGUGUUCCUGGACGGGCCUUUGCUCCCAGUCUCAGUACCGGCUUCCGGAAGGCGUACAGGCUGGAGCAACCCCUGGUACGACUAAAAGGAGGAGCCAUGAUAGGGGAGGGUCGAGUAGAGGUGCUGAGGAACGGCGAGUGGGGCACGGUGUGUGACGACAACUGGAACAUCCGAGCUGCAACGGUGGUGUGUCGAGAGCUGGGCUUCGGCAGCGCCAAAGAGGCAAUGACCGGCGGCAAAAUGGGUCAAGGCAUCGGGCCUGUGCACAUGAACGAAGUGGACUGCUCUGGCUUUGAGAAGUCUCUGACAGAGUGCCACUUCAACCGCGAUGCUCUGGGCUGCAGCCACGAGGAAGACGCUGCCGUCAAGUGUAACGUUCCCGCCAUGGGCUUCAAGGACAGACUUCGCCUAGCCGGGGGCCGCAAUCCCUACGAGGGCCGCGUGGAGGUCCUUACGGACAGGAACGGCUCCCUCGUGUGGGGCGCAGUGUGCAGUGACAGCUGGGGGACCAUGGAGGCCAUGGUGGUGUGCAGACAGCUGGGCUUGGGCUUUGCCAACCACGCCUACCAGGAAACAUGGUACUGGCAAGGAGACUCUGCAGCUGAGAACGUCGUGAUGAGCGGUGUGAGGUGUUCAGGGACCGAGCUGACUCUGGAUCAGUGUCUGCAUCACGGGAAACACCUGGAAUGUCCUAAAGGAGGAGGACGCUUCGCCGCCGGGGUCUCCUGUGCUCCAACGGCCCCUGACCUGGUCCUCAAUGCCCAAGUCGUGGAGCAGACCACCUACCUGGAGGACAGACCCAUGUACGCCCUCCAGUGUGCGCAGGAGGAGAAGUGUCUGUCCAGCAGUGCCGACAACGCCGAUCAGAACUCUUACCGCCGCCUGCUACGCUUCUCCUCCCAGAUCCACAACAACGGCCAGUCAGACUUCAGGCCAAAGGCCGGACAUCAGUCCUGGGUGUGGCAUGAAUGCCACAGACACUUCCACAGCAUGGAGGUGUUCACCCACUAUGACUUGGUGAAUGUGAACGGCACCAAGGUGGCAGAGGGCCAUAAAGCCAGCUUCUGUCUGGAGGACACGUAUUGUGAUGAAGGCAUCCAGAAGCAGUACGAAUGUGCCAACUUCGGAGCGCAGGGCAUCACUGUGGGCUGCUGGGACACUUACAGACACGACAUCGACUGUCAGUGGAUCGACAUCACAGACCUUCCACCUGGCGACUACGUGCUGCAGAUUGUGAUCAACCCCGAGUACGAGGUGGCCGAGUCAGACUACACCAACAACAUCAUGAAGUGUCGCAGUCGCUACGACGGCAACCGCGUGUGGACUUACAACUGUCAGAUAGGCGGGUCACGCAGCUCAGAAACAGAAGAAACCUUUCCUGGACUGCUGACCAAUCAGCUUUCACACAGGUAGAGCAAGAAGUGAGGUGGAGGAGGGUUUCCCAACCACUACAGAGGAGCCGGCGCUAAACUGCUAUAAUGAACAUUUCUCACAAUCAUUUGGGACACGGAACGACGGCGAUGUGAUCUGAUCUGAUCUGAUCCGAGGGCGACAAGAUGCGGUGGAAUGUGGCAGAGAGGCUAUGGAACUCAAGUUAUUAUGAAAAGUUUGGAGUAAGGGUGUAACGGUACGUGUAUUUGUAUUGAACCGUUUCGGUACGGGGGUUCCGGUUCGGUUCGGAGGUGUACCGAACGAGUUUCCACACGGACAUAUUAAGUAGCGUAAUAGUGUGUAAACAAUGCACACCGAGGCACAACACACUGCCGUGUGUUUCUUAAAUGCCUCAAAUGUCCUGCAUUUUGAGUUAGGGUUGCGUGUAUUAACAAUGUACGUUCAGGGUUAAGAAGGGGUUAAAAACAAAACAAAUUGUGCGUGCAGCAGCAUUGGUGAGGGAGGGGCAGAGACAGAAAGAGAGAGAGAGAGUUAUGAUAAACGUGCAUGCGUCGCCAGGCUCUGCUUUUUAUCCAUAGAUUUAUCACAUUCAAUUUUUUAUUAUCUAUAGCAGGGGUGUCAAAAGUGUGCCCCGGAGGCCAUUUGCGGCCCACAGCUAAUGUUUUAAAGGCCCACGGCACAUUCUAAAAAUACUAUUCAAAUAAACAAAAACAUAACAAAAGUGAAAUAAAAAAGGUUAAAUGUAAUUUAGAAAAAGUUGCAAUCUUGACUACCGUAUUUUCCGCACUAUAAGGCACACUUAAAAACCUCCAAUUUUGCAACUUUUUCUAAAUUACAUUAUAAGGCGCACUUGUCAGCUUUUGAGAAAAUUGGAAGUUUUUAGGUGCGCCUUACAAUGCGGAAAAUACCGUAUUUUCCGCACUGUAAGGCGCACCUAAAAGCCUCCAAUUAUGCAACUUUUUCUAAAUUACAUUAU